AUGGCAGCGGCGUCCAGCAUUCAUAGAGAACGUUGGAGCUUCCAGCGUAAUGAGCGUUGGUUUGAGGACACUUUGCCACAUCUAGGGGAACAACACUUCCGACAAGCCUUCCGCGUGUCGCCGACGACGUUCCGAUACCUGGUAGAGUCAUGCAGACCUUCGCUGGAGCGCCAAACGACAAACAUGAGAGAAGCCAUCUCCGUGGAGAAGAGGGUGGCCGCGGGGAUGUACCGCCUGUGCUCCAGUGCCGAAGACAGGACCAUUGCGGACCUGUUCGGCAUUGGAAGGUCCACUGUUAAUACUGUUUUCAGAGAAUUUUGUAAAACAGUGGUAGAUCGACUUGAAGACGCAUGGAUACAGAUGGCUGUGGGUGCCCUCGACGGCUGUCAUUUCCCCGUAUCCCCGCCAAAGGACCACGCAGCUGACUACUAUAACUACAAAGGAUGGUACAGCAUGAUACUCCUGGCUGUUGUCGACCACCGCUACUGCUUCAAAUACAUCAACGUGGGGGCUCCUGGUAGAUGUCAUGAUGCUUAUGUGUACGGACGGUCAUGGCUGUGUGAGAAAAUAGAGCGUGGUCUUCUGGCAUCUCCCGUGGCUAUUAUUGAACACUGCCCGGUGAAACCGCUCAUAUUAUGCGACCAGGCCUUCCCCCUCACAGAAACUUUGCUCAAGCCGUUCCCAUCUGCUUCACCUGGCUGUCAGCAAAAUGAGAUCAGGCACAUCUGCUGUUAUGAACUGGUCACCGGCAUCCACUCAAUCGUCUGGUACAGGUCCACUAAGGCUAUCUUCAAUUACAAUUUGUCCAAAACAAGGCGAAUCGUGGAGAAUGCCUUCGGUAGGCUGAAGGUACGUUUCCGUUUCACGAUGAAGAGGAUGGAAUGUAAACUGGCCAAUGCUCGACAGGCUAUCAAAACAGCCUGUAUCCUACAUAACAUCUGUGAGUCCUUCAGGGAUGCUGUUGAACAGCACUGGGAACAGGACGCACAAACGUUUCAGGCAUUGUAUGAGCAACCUUUCCAUACCACCACGGUUUCAACAGGACAGGGUGAAGAAGUACGACAAGCACUUGCUAAGUACUUUUGGAACCGUGCUCAGCAAAACGCGCUGCCAUCAUGA